AUGCGCUGGCCCCAGCCCGGGGCUGCCGCUCGCCUUCCCCCGGAGUCUCCUGGACCCCUGGAGCGGGAGGCAGCGGCCGCGCGGCGCUGGAGCAGAGCCCCAGGACUGCGCCUCCGGGAGCCGGAGCCCAGAGAAGCCUCCCCAGCUUUCUGAGGAUGAUAUCCGGCUAAAAAGCGAGGGAGACGACUAUAGUGCCACCCUCCUGGAGCCUGUUACCAGCUCUCUUUCUCCAGAUCACAAGAACAUGGAAAUUGAGGUGUCUGUUGCAGAAUGUAAAAGUGUUCCUGGAAUCACCUCUACCCCACAUCCCAUGGACCACCCUUCCCCUUUCUAUUCACCCCCACAUAAUGGCCUCCUCACGGAUCACCACGAAUCCCUGGAUAACGAUGUUGCCAGAGAGAUCCGCUAUCUAGAUGAGGUGCUGGAGGCCAACUGCUGUGAUUCUGCUGUGGACGGAACAUUCAAUGGAACAUCCUCCCCAGAGCCUGGUGCAGUGGUCCUGGUGGGCGGCCUAAGCCCCGCUGUCCACGAGACGGCCCAACCAGAACCCACUGAGAGAACAGCUAGCCAGCAGGCACCGCCUCACAUCGAGCUCAGUAAUAGCAGCCCUGACCCCAUGGCAGAGGCAGAAAGAACAAAUGGCCAUUCCCCCAGCCAGCCUAGAGAUGCGCUGGGGGACAGCCUGCAGGCCCCUGUCAGCCCCAGCUCCUCAACCAGCUCAUGGUGUUCUUCCCGAGACGGAGAGUUCACUCUCACCACACUGAAGAAGGAGGCCAAGUUUGAGCUGCGUGCCUUCCAUGAGGACAAGAAGCCCUCCAAGCUCUUUGAGGAUGACGAGCGUGAGAAAGAACAAUACUGCGUUAGAAAAGUGAGGCCUUCGGAAGAGAUGCUGGAGCUGGAAAAGGAGAGGAGGGAGCUCAUCCGCAGCCAGGCCGUCAAGAAGAAUCCUGGCAUUGCAGCAAAAUGGUGGAAUCCCCCGCAGGAAAAAACCAUCGAGGAGCAGCUGGACGAGGAACAUUUGGAGUCGCACAAAAAGUACAAGGAGCGCAAGGAGAAAAGGGCACAGCAGGAACAGUUGCUGCUGCAGCAACAGUUACAGCAGCAGCAGCAGCAGCAGCAGCAGCAGCAGCAGCAGCAGCAGCAGCCCCCAUCGCAGCUCUGCACAGCCCCUGCCUCUUCUCAUGAAUACGCAAGCAUGAUUGACAAAGCAAAGGAGGACAUUGUCACAGAGCAGAUAGAUUUCUCUGCUGCUCGCAAACAAUUUCAGCUGAUGGAGAAUUCCAGGCAAGCAGUGGCCAAGGGCCAGAGUACACCCAGGCUGUUCUCCAUCAAGCCUUUCUACAGGCCUCUGGGAUCAGUCAACUCAGACAAGCCACUGACUAAUCCGAGACCACCUUCUGUCGGGGGACCUCCAGAAGACAGUGGUGCCUCAGCCACCAAGGGACAGAAAUCCCCCGGUGCCCUGGAGACCCCAUCGGCAGCAGGAAGCCAGGGCAACACAGCCCCUCAGGGGAAGGAAGGGCCCUACAGCGAGCCUUCUAAACGUGGGCCCUUAUCUAAACUGUGGGCAGAGGAUGGAGAAUUUACGAGCGCCCGGGCCGUCCUCACCGUGGUCAAGGAUGAUGACCAUGGGAUUUUGGAUCAGUUCUCAAAAUCUGUCAAUGUCUCCUUGACCCAAGAGGAGCUUGACUCUGGUCUUGAUGAAUUGUCGGUGAGGUCUCAGGAUACCACAGUCCUGGAGACCCUAUCCAAUGAUUUCAGCAUGGACAACAUCAGUGACAGUGGGGCCUCCAAUGAGACAACCAAUGCCCUCCAGGAAAAUUCACUGGCUGAUUUUUCUCUGCCGCAGACGCCACAAACUGACAACCCCUCAGAGGGCCGAGGAGAAGGCGUCUCCAAGUCAUUUAGCGAUCAUGGUUUCUAUUCCCCUUCCUCCACGCUGGGGGACUCUCCGUCGGUUGAUGAUCCCUUGGAGUAUCAGGCUGGCCUCCUGGUGCAGAAUGCCAUUCAACAAGCCAUAGCCGAGCAGGUGGAUAAAGCUGUGUCUAAAACCAGCAGGGAUGGAGCAGAGCAACAGGGACCUGAAGCAACUGUAGAGGAAGCUGAAGCUGGGGCUUUCGGCUCAGAAAAGCCUCAGAGCAUGUUUGAGCCACCUCAGGUGUCUUCUCCUGUUCAAGAGAAAAGGGAUGUAUUACCAAAGAUUCUGCCUGCUGAAGACAGGGCACUCAGGGAAAGGGGGCCCCCCCAGCCACUGCCAGCUGUGCAACCCAGUGGCCCGAUUAACAUGGAGGAGACCAGGCCCGAAGGAAGCUAUUUCAGCAAGUACUCGGAGGCAGCUGAGCUGAGAAGCACAGCCUCCCUCCUGGCCACUCAAGAAUCCGACGUGAUGGUUGGACCCUUCAAGCUGAGGUCCAGGAAACAGCGGACUUUGUCCAUGAUCGAGGAAGAGAUCCGAGCAGCUCAGGAAAGGGAAGAGGAGCUGAAGAGGCAGAGACAAGUCUUGCAGAGUACACAGAGCCCCAGGACAAAGAACGCCCCAUCGCUGCCCUCCAGAACAUGCUAUAAAACUGCCCCAGGGAAAAUAGAGAAAGUCAAACCUCCUCCAUCCCCCACCACUGAAGGCCCCAGCUUGCAGCCUGACUUAGCCCCUGAAGAGGCUGCCGGAACCCAGCGGCCCAAGAAUCUGAUGCAGACCCUCAUGGAAGACUAUGAGACACACAAAUCUAAAAGGCGCGAGAGAAUGGAUGAUAGUAGUUACACUUCUAAGUUACUGUCUUGCAAGGUGACUUCCGAGGUCCUUGAGGCCACACGGGUUAAUCGAAGAAAGAGCGCACUAGCUUUGCGCUGGGAAGCAGGGAUCUAUGCCAACCAGGAGGAAGAAGACAAUGAAUAAACUUCCUUCAACCCAGGAAGCGUCUGUGGUGCUUGGGAGACCAAGAAACCAAGAAAUUUAACAACUGAAAGCAUUUUAAUGGACUAUUUAUUAAAGUGCAAACAAACUCAGCAAUCCUUAUGUAGACCAGAAGCUGCAAUACACAAUGAUGAAACAAAAAGGAAGUCCACCCAUCAGACUCUGGACACCCAGGAGUCAAAAGAGAAAGGACUUUUUUUGGUGACUCAAUCCCCGUGUCUGGUUUUGGGCCAAUCCACAAUGGAUCCAAAAGGACAAACGAUGUUACAAGCAAAUCAACAUAGUUGCUACAGGCAGAACUGAGACCAGCCUCUCCGGGUGAUGAAGGACAAUGGUGAUAGGGCCACUUAGAGAGCAGUAGGGCCCAGGCUGGUGCAGCCUACAUGGCACAGGAUAUUUCCCUGCACCAGUUUCCCACCUGUCGCUCACAGCAUCGGAGGGUGUUGCAUUAACUCCAUUUUCUCCAGCAGCCAUAAAAUGAAUGGCGUUUCUCUCCAUAUUUGCCCAGAAGAGGCAGUUAUGAUUCCACUUCUCUUACAUUUAAUUAUUUUUAAUUGAGAACAACUCAUGAUCACAAUUCAUAAAAUCCAUAUUUUAAGACAAUAUUUCUUCAUGUUGCAAACACAAUCUAUUCUACAUGAGGAGGCUGAGAAAGGGGAAGAGAAAACCAAACCAAAUGGAUGAUGUUAGCUUUAGGAUCGUGUCUGCUUAUAAUAUUCACUGAUCUGCAGUUUAUGAGAACACAUUUUCACAGUUACGUUUCUUCAUAGGAAAACUAUAUUUAGUGGGCAACAACUAUUUUUAUGAUGGGAUGGGUGAAUAUAUACAUGUAUAGAAUCUGUACACAUUGAACAACUUGGUUCAAGAUGGUGGGGGCAUUUUUAGAGUGGCAAUAAUUGAAAAAAAGGUGAACUCUGCCUUGGAGAGGUAGAUGACAAGAAAUAAAAAGGUGUUUAUAACUAUUUUGUUUUAUAAAGUGGGCCUUAGAGAUAGGAAGAAGAAUGAUGGAUUCUUUUUGGAUCAGUCAGAAAGGAGACAGGAAAGAAAAGUCAGGAAGGUAGAGAGAGAAAAAGGGAGGGAGGGAGGAAGAAUGGGAACAAAAUAGGAGGUAAGAGAUACUAUUUUUGCUGAGCAACCAGUGUUUUUCAGGAUGCUACAAAGGAAAAUAUAGAAUAGAAAUUUAAGUACAGGCUUGGAAUCAGCUACAAAUCCUAAAGAUGGGGUGAGUGUGUGUGUGUGUGUGUGUGUGUGUGUGUGUGUACACCAUUGUGUGUUUGUGUAAAAUGCGUAUGUUCAGGAGUAAGGGUGUAUGUGUGUAUGUAUGUGGAUUAAAAUUCCAGAGUGACCAUGGCACUUGGGUGUACAGGUAAUUCCUCCAAAGCUGUUUGCUGGCUUCAGGAGUGGAGUGAGAAUUUCUUUUUUAUGAAAAGGGAUAUAAAGGCACCGAGCUGAUGCAGUAUUUGUAAUAUUAAAUUGACCUAACAAGGUAUUUGCAUGAGUCACAAUUGCAAAGUUUUGAGCAGUUUUGUAAUUUGACAUUUAGGAAAGUCUCCUAUUUAUUCUCAUGCUUUAUAUUCAUGCUUAGUAUACUAUAGAGGAUGCCAGCUUUAAUCUUUCUGUCAUUUAAAGCAAUAUGAUAAGGGUAUUCAAUAAUUGGGUGCCCUAAAUUUCUGGAUGAGAAAAUUUUCAGUUCUGGCCUUGAGAAAAAAAAACAACCAGCCUUCUUUUUUUUUUUUUUUUUUU